GUGCAAGACGCCUUCAUGACCUACACGGUCUACGACGACGUCGUCACCACCAGGCUCGUCCAGGAGGCCUGCAGACUUCUGGGGGUCUCCACGGAAGCCAUCCUGAAACUCUUCGGGGAACACUUCUUCAAGUUCUGUAAGAUGUCCGGCUACGAUCGGAUGUUGCGGACCCUGGGAGGAGACCUCCCCGAGUUCAUCGAGAACCUGGACGCCCUCCACAGCUACCUCGCGCUCUCGUACCAGGAGAUGAACGCACCAUCAUUCCGCGUGGAGAGAGGAGCAGACGGGAGAAUGCUUCUCCAUUACUACUCGGAUAGGAGUGGUCUGUGCCACAUCGUACCGGGUAUCAUCGAGGCUGUGGCCAAAGACUUCUUUGACAUUGAGGUGACCAUGGAUAUCGUCCACAUGAAUAGGGAAGAGGAGAGGACAGGCAAGAAGGAGCAUGUUGUGUUCCUUGUUGGGCAGAAGUCUCACAGACACAUGAGAACGGCAAAACCAAACAGGUUACAAGACAGCCAGGACUUCCGGAGAGACCAAGAGGCUCUGGAGGCAGCUUUCCUUAGGAUGAAAGAGAAGUAUGUGAGUGUCUCUGCCUGUCCUGUGAAGAAAUCCAAGAAAUCCCCCUGGGAGGUUGUGAGGAGCAUAGUCAUGUUUGGAAAAGGGCAGCCCGCCAACACCGUUGUGCCAGUUUAUCCCGAGCGGCUCUGGAUUGAACCGAAGACAUUCUGCAAGGCUUUUCCUUUCCACAUUGUGUUUGACGAAUCACUGAGGGUCAAGCAGGCUGGAGUGAACAUUCAGAAGUAUGUCCCCGGACUCCAAACCCAGAAGAUUCCAUUAGAUGAGUAUUUCUCCAUCGUUCACCCUCAAGUGGCCUUCAACAUUUGCAGCAUCUGCAAAUUCAUCAAUAGUCAAUUCGUCCUGAAGGCACGAAGAGAAAAGAUGCCUGAGGCAUGGAAAAGUCAGCCUGCCCUCAAACUCCGAGGCCAGAUGAUCUGGAUGGAGUCCGUGCGGUGCAUGGCCUACGUGUGCUCCCCGAAGCUCCGCAGCCUGCAAGAGCUGGAGCAGCGCAGAAUGCACCUGUCUGACAUCGCGCCGCACGACACCACCAGGGAUCUCAUCCUCCUGAACCAGCAGCGCCUGGCUGAGAUCGAGCUGUCCAACCAGCUGGAGAGGAAGAAGGAGGAGCUGCGGGUCCUGUCCAGGCACCUGGCCAUUGAGAAGAAGAAAACCGAGACCCUGCUGUACGCCAUGCUGCCGGAACACGUGGCCAACCAGCUGAAGGACGGCAAAAAAGUGGCUGCAGGAGAAUUUAAAACUUGCACGAUUCUUUUCAGCGACGUGGUGACGUUCACCAACAUCUGUGCGGCCUGCCAGCCCAUCCAAAUCGUGACGAUGCUGAAUUCAAUGUACUCCAAGUUUGACAGGCUAACCAGCGUCCACGAGGUCUACAAGGUGGAGACCAUAGGAGAUGCUUACAUGGUGGUGGGGGGCGUCCCGGUGCCCGUUGGAAGCCACGCCCAGAGAGUGGCUAACUUCGCCUUGGGGAUGAGAAUUGCUGCAGCAGAAGUGAAGAAUCCGGUUACCGGAGAACCCAUCCAGAUCAGAGUGGGGAUCCACACGGGACCGGUCCUGGCAGGUGUGGUGGGGGACAAGAUGCCACGGUACUGCUUGUUUGGGGACACGGUGAACACAGCUUCCAGGAUGGAAAGUCACGGGCUUCCCAACCAAGUGCACCUCAGCCCCACGGCCUACAGGGCUCUGCAGAACCGCGGCUUCGACAUGGCCGAGAGGGGCGAGAUCGAGGUGAAGGGCAAGGGCCGCAUGACCACCUACUUCCUGCUGCGGAACCUGCGCGCCUCGGACGACGAGAUCCUGGGCCACCCUCGGGGCCCGCGCGGCGGCGGCUCGUCCGCAGACGCCGGCGCUCGGGGAGGACCGGACGGCAGGGCCGUGGCCGUCAUGCGCUACGAGGACAGCGAGUCGCCGCCGCCCGCGGGCCUCGGGGCAGACGCUGCUGGUGAGCGCAGCCCUGACGGCAGCUCGGUGGCGAUGGCGGUGGCGGGCGGGGACUCUGCGGAGGCAGGCGACCAGCGCACGGUGACACCUGAUGGGCCCGGGGCCAGGCCGUCUGGUUUCUGUGCGGUGCUGUGACACGGGGGCACCCGCCCUGGGCUUCGCUGUCCCCGAACUCGGUGUUCCGGGCACAAGGUCCUGUCUCAGCUGCAGAUU